GAGUGUGCCGUCCUGUAGCUUGUUACAGAAGAAAAUUUGAUUUUUUCCCAGUUUUCUGCAACUGCAAUUCCAAGAACAACAUUCAAAAAGCCAUGUCAUCUACGUUCUCGAUUCCUGAUAAACAAGCCGUUAUCUACUACGAGAGGAACGGCGGUCCUGAAGUACUAAAAUACUCAACUGAGUUUGCUGUUCCAUCUGAUCUCUCUGCAACCGACAUUUUGAUCAAGAACAAGUACACAGGGAUCAACUUCAUUGAAGUUUACUUCCGUAACGGUAUCUAUCCUGCGGAUUUUCCAUACAUCCCUGGCCGGGAAGCCUCCGGUGAAGUUGUAGCAGUCGGGGACAAGGUUACGAAUUUCAAGGUUGGUGAUAAGGUCGCAUACCUCGGACACAAGAACUUUGCUCAAUUCACAAAGUUUGACUCUACCCAGUCUACGAUCUUGAAUUUGGGCCAAAAUGCAACCUCCAAACAAUUGAAGCUUUACGCGGCAUCCUUGCUCCAGGGAUUGACCGCGUUGACUUUCAUCAACGAAGCUUAUGCAGUCAAGGAAAAUGACUAUAUUUUAGUCACUGCUGCUGCAGGUGGUGUUGGUUUGAUUCUAGAUCAGCUUAUCGGAAAUGUCAAAAAGGCUCAUGUGAUUGCGGUCGCUUCAACUGAUGAAAAAUUGGCCAAAGCAAAGCAAAAUGGUGCUGAAUUCUUGUUGAAUUCCUCUGAACUAUCCAACGACCAGUUGGCUGAGAAGAUCUUGGAAAUCACUAACGGCAAGGGUGUCGAAGCCAUUUUCGAUUCGAUUGGAAAAGAUACCUUCGAUUUGGAUUUGAAGGUUAUCAGGCGUAAAGGCACCUUGAUCUCCUAUGGUAAUUCGUCUGGAGCCGUGCCACCUUUCAUUAUUAACAAAUUGUCGUCCAAGAACGUCAAACUUUUGAGACCACAGUUAUAUGGUUACGUGGCGGAACGUCCAGAAUUCGAACAUUAUACGAAGGAACUUUUCGAUCUCAUCAACUCUAAAAAGUUGAAUAUCGACAUCCACAAAGUUUACCAGUUGAAAGACUACCCCACUGCUACAAAAGAACUUGAAGGGAGAAAGACAACAGGUAAGCUUUUGUUAGAAAUUCCAAAUUAAAUAGCUUUUAAAUGUACUCUCGUAGUUAACUGUUAAUUCAAUACUACAUCUUUAC